AUGAUCAGGCAACUGGAGGCUCCGACGUACACUGAGGAUCAACUAAACGAGGAAGUGCGGGAAGCCUAUAUCGACCUUGCCGAGGUGGAAGGGCAGCAGCAUGCUGAAUCAAAAGUGGACCUAUCACACGAUCAGUGGCUGGUACUCAUUUUGAGGCACCAGGCGCUACUCGACGAGCAUCAUGACUUCCUCCUCCUUUCUCAACACCCGUCAGCUGGUUGUGCUCUCAAAGACCUAGCCGACAGGUAUGAAAUGCCAGCGCGCAUGUGGCGCCAUGGAAUCUAUUCAUUCCUAGAGCUGUUACGUCGGAAACUCUCCGGUUCGAUGGAGUAUAUGCUAUCUAUCAUCUAUUUUUCGUACACGAGGAUAGAUUUACUACUGGAAAGCGUACCGCUUUCAGAGACUUGGAUCGAGUGCCUAGGUGACCUGCCACGUUAUCGAAAGGUCGUUGGACCCGACAUGGACCCCGAACUCUGGGCAGAGGCAAAGCCCAGGUAA